UAGCUAGCUAGCUUUCCGAUCUCCAUUCAAGCGCGGGCAAGUCCUUCGCCGGAGGAAUCCUCGCCAGUCACUCUUCCAUCACCCAUUCUCCCCGCCGAAUUCAUCCCCUUCUUCUUCUUCUUAUUGCCCCACUUGUUACCGUCUCCUCUGGUUCCCUCUUUCUCACCAAUCACUGCCAUCGCCUAAUCCCAACCUCACUCGCUUCUUCAGGCCCUCCUGGGGCUCUGUGGCGUGUUUCGCCCGUCGCGGCAGCCUGUGCAGGGGGCGACCAUGAUGAGGAGGGCAGCGUCUCUGCUGGGGGAUGCUGUGCGGCGGACCCUCGUGCAGCAGAAUAGCGGUGCUGUGCGGCAGAUUCCGCGACGAUGCUUUGCGGACGAUGCAGCGGCAGGAGAGCUGAAGAAGACAAUGUUGUACGAUUACCAUGUGGAGAAUGGUGGCAAGAUGGUCCCCUUCGCCGGAUGGUCGAUGCCUAUCCAGUACAAGGACAGUAUCAUGGACUCCACCACGAAUUGCCGCUCCAAUGGCAGUUUGUUUGAUGUCUCGCACAUGUGUGGGUUGAGCCUCAAGGGCCCUGAUGCCAUCGACUUCCUUGAGACGCUCGUCGUGGCCGACAUUAAGGGCCUCGCACCUGGCACUGGCACGCUCUCCGUGUUUACGAACGAGAAUGGAGGCGUUAUUGACGACACCGUCAUCACAAAGGUGUCAGACGAUCACAUCUACUUGGUGGUCAAUGCGGGUUGUCGUAAGAAAGAUUUGGCCCACCUUAAGAAGCAUUUGAAACCCUUCCAGGAUACCGGUAAGUCGGUCGGGUGGCACAUUCACGAUGAGCGCUCCUUAUUGGCUUUGCAGGGGCCUCUGGCGGCCGACAUACUGCAGACUCUCACUAAGGAGGAUCUCAGCAAGAUGUACUUCAGUGACUUCAAGGUCAUUGACAUCAAUGGCUCCGAGUGUUUCCUCACCCGCACAGGGUAUACUGGCGAGGACGGUUUUGAGAUUUCAGUGCCAGAUGAAUCUGCGCUCGAUUUGACAAAGGCAAUCAUGGACAAGGGUCAGGGAAAGAUUCGCCUAACUGGUCUGGGAGCUCGGGACAGUCUCCGCUUGGAAGCCGGUUUGUGCCUGUACGGUAACGACCUAGAGCAACACAUUUCUCCCAUUGAAGCAGGGCUUGCGUGGACCGUGGGCAAGAGACGCCGAGCAGAGGGCAACUUUUUGGGAGCUGAAACCAUCUUACGCCAAAUUAAGGAUGGUGUAUCAAAGCGCAGAGUUGGGUUCAUCUCCACCGGCGCACCAGCACGAGCACACAGCGAGAUCCUUGACCUUGAAGGAAACAAUAUCGGGGAGAUCACCAGUGGUGGAUUCAGCCCCUGCCUGAAGAAGAACAUCUCUAUGGGCUACAUCGCAACUGGUCAUCACAAGAACAAUACCAAGGUCAAGCUUGCUGUGCGAUCCAAGACAUACGACGCCACUGUCACAAAGAUGCCGUUCGUGCCCUCCAAGUACUACAAGCCACCACAAGAAGCAGCGAAGAGCUGAUUUUGUGAAAUCGGCCGAUAUCCCCUCACCUCAUCCUCUUCAGCCCACUCUGUGUCGCAUUGUGAUUAUGCAGUAGUCUGAAAGUAAAUUCCGUUUUCCGACUUGCAGACGUAAAUUGGAGGACUCUUCCUCUAUGGAACCGACUUCAACUCUGUUACAGUUUGCUGUAUUCUGCGAACUGUGAGCUUGUGUGAUGUGCAUCGUAGUCUGAACAGUUUCCACGUUGUCUCGUUAGCUAUCGUUUGGAGCUGUAAAUCUGUUUACUCCAUCGCUGCGUGAAGUGGGACUUAUGCCUCCAAGCGACACAUCCAAUCUUUCUAACGCACUUGCUUUGAAGUCGUUGCAAGACACAAUCUUCACUGCAUGGUUUGGAUCCA